GAGAUAGGGUAGAGAGAGAGGGUAGAGAGAGAUGGUAGAGAGAGUGUAGAGAAAGUGUGUAGAGAGAGGAUAGAGAGAGAGGGUAGAGAGAGAGAGUGUGUGUAGAGAGAGAGGGUAGAGCGAGAGAGUGUAGAGAGAGAGAGGGUAGAGUGAGAGAGAGAGUGUAGAGAUAGAGAGAGGGAGAGAGAGAGAUCAAUAGCCCCCUCCCCUGCCCACACCCUGCAGGAGGUACACACGCAGUGUCAGACGCAGCUCUGGACCACUCAUAGACAGACACAGGCACGUGUAGCUUUUGGACGCCGCACACCCUGCUCUACGCUAUCAUGUCUGACAAACCCAAUAUGAGAGAAAUCUCCAGCUUUGACAAGACUAAGCUGAAGAAGACGGAGACCAGAGUGAAGAACCCAUUGCCAACCAAAGAAACAAUCGACCAAGAGAGGAAACGAGAGCCAUCGCCUUGACCAGAGGAAGAGAAGUGUUUCCGACCAGCUACUUUAAUUUGAUUCUCUGACCUCCAUCUGUCAAGAACCAUAACUAUGAAAGGAGAACAGGACCUUGACUUUUAUUUCACUGGUGCUCAACGAAAUUGUAAAAUGAGGGGUAUUAGGAUUGGUUGCUAGUCAGAGGAUGUUUUCGAAACACUUAUUGCUCAAUGUUCUGUAUGUCUCCAAGUCAGAGUAAUAAAAUGACAAAAAUA